AUGUUGGUGGAGGAGGCGUCCCACCGAAAUGGACUCUCGGAGGUGCCUGCGGAUGCGCGUGUAAAGGAGAAUUAUUAUUUUGCAAAUUCAUCCCCGUCGGAGGCGCAGAAGAGGGAUACCCGGCUGUUGCGGAUGAUCCCGGUGGAGGCGCAGGAGCCGGAGCGUUAUGUUGUUGUUGUUGCUGAUACCCUCCGUUGUGCAUCGGUGGUCCCGGUUGGUGAUACUGAUGAGACGAAGGAUUAG